AGUGACGCCUCAAUCACUGAGAUGCAGUACGGUGCGUCGCAGUAGAGAUAUUCGCGUGGUAACGUCGUAGCAUACUGUCCCUAAGGCCAACUCCGAAAAUAGAACUCAGUGCACCGACGGUGUUGAAGCAAUAGGCUAUCCCACUGGCACAACAUAAACAAAAACAAACCACAUUUGAGCGCCGAUUUCACAGUUGACUUAACAAGGAGUAGCCAUGGAGCAUGAAGAAUCGCACCGUUUUCCAAGGAAAAAGCGAAGGACUCGCCUCUGCCUAAUCAUGGGUCUCUGUGCAGUACUUUCACUUGUCGUUAUCUUCGCUAUUUAUCUGGGAGUAGUGCACAGUCACGUACUGUCUAGUUCCAGCCCAUCGAGUGAAAGCCUUAAAAAAACGAUUAUUGACAAAUGUGAAGCAUUUAUACAGAACAACAAAUCCUCAAGUGCAAACAACUGUCAAAAGAUAUGGAGUGCAUUUGAGCAAGCAUUCGUGGGGAGGGACCCGUGUAAUGUACCGAUGGAGGCCUAUGACCCCCUUAUCCAUACUGUGGUCCAGGAUCCUGUCUGUAACAGGAUGUUGUUCUGGAGCAAAACAAAGAAAAUAGUGCAUGACUUCACAGAGAAGCGAGAUUGCUUCUUGACCCUCGAGGACACACUAGUCGGCUUCAUCAUGAAUGGACUGACCUGGUGUGGCAAGGAGGAGAGCAAUGAAACGUUCACCACAGGGUGCCCAGGCUGGACAGACUGUGUCAACAACACCGUUCGUUCAUUCUGGAAUCGGGCCUCAGCAGCAUUUGCAGAUGCCGCAUGUGGCGAUGUCACAGCCAUGCUGAAUGGAUCUAUUGCCACUCCUUUCAGCCCCACCAGUAUUUUUGCCACCAUCGAGGUGAAAAGGUUCAAAGCUGCCAAAAUGAAGAGCCUGAGUGUUGUCCUGGUGACCAAGGAGAAUAAGGGGACAACCUGUGAUGAUCCCUCCUUACAGGACCUACAGAAAGAGAUAGAUCCAAAACUCAAGUAUAAUUGCAAGGCGGUUCCUGAGUCUAAGAUCCAGGACUGCAUUUCUCACCCAGACACAGCUUGUGGCGCCUGCUGGUAAUACUGUCCAAUCAGCAGUGACCAAGGAGUAACAGCGUGAAUUUGUGCAUGAGGCUGAAAUAAUGCGGUCCAACUGGAGUUUCGCCAUCAGCUGGAAGACGUGUCCCUUUUUGAUCAGUGUCAGUCGAGGAAAGGGUGUUAAGGAGCCCAGUUUGGCGGGUCAUGUUUUGGAGGAUGCAUGACUCGACCAUCGCCUCUCCCGAGCCUUUUUGGGAGUUGCAGCUAUGAGACAAGAUCGUAAUUGGAUAUAACGAAAUUGGGGAGAAAAAGGGGGGUAAAAUACAACUUAAAAAAAUUACAACUGAUCUAUUACCGGUGUGAUCAUAUAUCCUACCUACAAUGUUGAAAUAUAAUUUUAAAAAAUGGUUUGAACAACAAUGAAUUGGCAGGGAAUUUCAAGCAAAGCCAAUAUGCAGUGAUAAUGUAUUGGGCCUUUAGCCUAUUGCACAAACCUCAUUGCUCCAGUAGUGUUUCUAAUAGGUUAAUGUUGCAUAGGCUUAUGUUUUUUAAGUCAUGUUAAAAAAAAUCUAAGCGGUAGAUCUCAGCUUGCAUUUUGACUCAAAGUGAUCUUGAAGAAAAAGGUUGGUGACCACUGUCCUAAGUCAAUAUGUUAAAUACAUUUUUUAUUCUUUAAGACAAUACAUAUUUCAUAGUGCCUUCUUUUGAGAGCCUAGUUUUACCCUAAUUCAGUGGCCUGAAACUCAUAGUUUACAGGCCACAUUAGGCCUGCAAGUGACAUUAUGCUGGCAUGCAAAGUGACUUUUAAUUCCUAUUGGAAUCCAGUGGGGAUAUCCAACCUUUUUUUAUCAUUCACCUUCAACCUGCAUUCAGAUUGACUGCCAGGUUUGGAAAUACUAAGAUAUGAGAUUACCUUUUACAUCUACUGUAAAGUGGAACAACCAAGUCCAAGUAACAGACUGGAAUAGUUUAGGAAAAAAUGUAUUAUUUAUUUUUGAGUAGCUAAAGAUUAAUUCAUCGAUCAAUGUACAUGAAAAAAAACAUAGAUGUUGAAACAAGAAAAUUCAAAAAAUCUACCUGCAAUAGAGAAUGCUGGGAAAUAUGAUAAUUAUGGGUGUGAUUUUGGUUUAACUCUGGUUAUUAACACUGUGGUUCUUUUUUAUGUUAAUUUAACACUACAGGGUUAAUUUAACUCUUGAAUCAACACUAGAAAUGUUACACUGAAAAAUCAACACUAGUUAACACUGGUCAAUUUUCUGUGUGCUAUGUAAGGGUCACAUCUGCAGGCUUAAAUACCUUUUUGAAUUCUGAAGAACCGUAGAGGCCAUGUCAAGUAUCCCAUACUUAACCCAAAUGUUCUUUAUUGGGGAAGAGUUCUCCAAGGAACCUUAAGAGCUGAGGAAGAACCAUUUAAGAACAUUUAUUUCUUUCAGUGAACUUUUAACCCUACCCUGGUGUAACAGACAAGCAUUUUUUAGGACCUUUCUUCUUAGGUAGCCUAGUGGUUAGAGCGUUGGGCUAGUAACCGAAAGGGUGCUAGAUCGAAUCCCCGAGCUGACAUGGUAAAAAUCUGUCGUUCUGCCCCUGAACAAGGCAGAUAACCCACUGUUCCUAGACCGUCAUUUAAAAUAAGAAUUUGUUCUUAACUGUACUGCCUAGUUAAAUAAAAUUUAAUUUAAAAAUGUUAAAUGUCAUAGUAAUGUGCCAUUUUCACAUAUGUAGACUCUGGUAUGGUACUGGAGAUAAGGAAUAUGAGGUUGAAAAGUUAACUAGGGUUUGUAUUACCCUACAAAUGGACAGCCUAUUUAAAUGACAUAAAUAAUCGUGUGAAUUAAAUAUGUCAGUCAUAUCAAA